AUGGAAGGACCGCGCAACCGGAAUGCCUACAGCCAAUCCAGGACCAAUGACGGUGAAGGAAAGCCCACCGAAGCGGAGAUCCGGCAGAAACCUUGGAAGUACGUCGGGUAUGAUGGGUAUUCGAAAUUCAUUGCUUCCGAUAGCGACUUCUUUAUUCUAAGGCGCUUCAAUACUCUGAAUAUCAGGAUAGCACUGGCUCUUCAGGACGAUGUGUCGUACUUGGAGGAGGAGCUCACGGCUUUGGAUCAGAAGUAUAGCAUGAAAAACCACAAAGACGUGAAUAAUGGCACUUUCAGAGACGAAAUGAAAGAUCGCGAAGCUAUCGUUCAGCAAAUUACCAGGAAAUUGACAAUAUAUAAUGAGUUCGUCCUUCAGCAGGCGAAAUUGCACCAACUGAACCCUGCUCCGAAACGGAUUGUACAAAGCCUCAAAAUUUGGCAUUACAACCACGAUCAUAAGGCCAUUGCGGAAGAAGAGCAAAGAUAUCUUACCCAUGAUGAUCUCAUCUGCUUAGUCCCAAGGGACAAAACACCACUGCGACGCCUACUUGACAAGUCACAUUGGCUACGCACAUUGGCAGUGUGGGAGAACAAACAUAUCGAGGUGCCAGAGUACGAUAAACAACAGAUAUCCUACUACUCUGACAAGCGGAUGGACCGUUUCACGUCGGCUAUCCUUCUCAUAAUUGGUGUAGUGAUGCUCAUCACACCGAUCUGGAUCCUCGAAGCCCUGAAUGGAAUUCGAUACAAGCUUGCUGUCAUUACUACAUACAUAUUUGUGUUCCUACUUAUUCUAUCUCUUGCGAUGUACACAAAACCUUUCGAAGCUUUAGGCGCCACAGCCGCGUGA